CCAUGAGCAGCUCCUUCCAGUCGGGGGCAGCAUUGCUCCCGCGCAGGAACCUCGGCUCCCUCUCUGCCGCCAUUAGACCAUGAGGAGGAGGAGGAGGAAGAAAAAGAAGGCGACCGGGAACGAGAGCAGCCUCCAUCGCUCCAGAAAACUCGCAGCCGCCCUCCUCUCCCCUUUCCCCGCCGGAAAAUCCCGGGGAGCCGCGCUUCCCUCCCCCUUAAAAAGGUGCCACGUGGGGUCAGAAACCAACAAGCCAUCAACAAGGCAUAAUUAAAGAAAACAACCACCAACAGACUUUUCUUAAGAAGUCCCUAUUUUUACUGCUGCUUAUGGAGGAUAAUCUAUGUCAGGUCGAUUUCAAAAUGAAAUAAAAUUUUGCCAGACAAUGUGAAAAGGCACAAGCGACCGUUAUUGGUCUCAUUUGGUGUGUCGAUUUUUGCCGCAAAUUCAUUUUUUUACAUCGGGUCUUUUGUUAUACACCCUAAGGUCAGCCUCAAGCGAUGAGAUAACACCUGCCAAAAGCUCAGGAAGUCUCUUGUGAGAAGAGAAAUUUGAGUGCGGUGGGGAAAGAGGCUUCUACUGGGAUUAGUCUGCCAACAAGCCCACUCCUCCACCUCCUGACUCCAGAUUCAGGGCUUCGCAGACUGGGUGGGAAAAUGGAGCCUCAAAUUGUGAGCCCAGAACGAGGAGGGCUGGGAGGGGAUAACAAACCCUCCAGCGUGGCUCAAUCAGACUGUGUGAGGGAGCAGCCAGGAUGGAGAGCAUCCCUAGAGACCAAGCAGGAGCCCUGCAACGGUAUGCAACAGCGCUGGGAGGCCCAAUGGCAGGAGUUCCUGACAACAUUGCAGUCUCCUCACACGACGGAGAACUCAUUGUCACUGGAGGCCGCCCCAUGGGACAAUGCCAAGGCCUUUCUGGCCUCCUUCGAGCAAGUGGCCGGAGCUUGCCAGUGGCCUAGGGAAGAAUGGGCAGCCCGGCUCCUGCCUGCGCUGAGCGGGGAAGCCAAACAGGCCUUCGUCGCCCUGGAAGCUGGAGACAGGAAGGACUAUGGGAAGGUGAAGGCGGCCAUCUUGCGAGGCGACGCUAUCAAGAUGGAGGUGCAGCGCCAGCACUUCAGGAAGUUCCGCUACCAGCAGGUAGAGGACCCCCGGAGGAUCCACCUGCAGCUGCAGGAGCUCUGCCACCGGUGGCUGAAGCCAGAGAGACGCAGCAAGGAGCAGAUCCUGGAGCUGCUGGUCCUGGAGCAGUUCCUGGCCAGCCUCCCGCCAGAGCUGCAGAGCUGGAUCCGAGCAGGAGGACCGGAGUCGUGUUCGCAGGCGGUGGCCCUGGCGGAGGAGUUCCUGAUGGCCAGCCAACAAGACUUGGCCAAGGCUGCAGAGUGGCAGAAGCCACUGCAGGAGGGUUCCCUGGAGGCUGAGGAAACAGAGGAGCAAAGCAGUAGUGACGGUUUCUGUUUGUUGGGCAGUGGAAGCCAAGGUCCAAGGGAUCACAGCAACUUGCUUCCUCUUGAAAAACCGGAAACGGCCAUGUCGGUUCAGGCUAAGGGGCCAAUGAAUCUCGAGGAAACUUCACACAUGGACCAGCCCUCUCCAGCCCAGCCAGGCCAGAGGACCAUGUUUUGGCAAGUCAUGCAGGAAGACGAUAGAGAUACAGAAUCUUUGGAGGGACUCUUGAUUCCUAAACCUGACCCUGCCUCUCACCAUGAAAAAGAAGAGGAGAUCUUUGUCCAGUUUCCUGUGGAAAGUGAAGGAUUCCCAAGUCAAGAUUCAGGUGAUGAAAAGAGAUGUCUGAUCAAGGUGAACCCCUCACAGCAGGGAGAGACAGGGACGAUAAUGAAGUUAUCUCUACGGACCGUUCCUGGAGCUGGAACAAUUCAUGAGCAGAGAUGCGAGGGGAAGGAUCCAGUGAGGGGAGAAAAUUGCUCCAGGGAGGUUUUAGAAGAUGCGCAUAACGAGCCCUCCCUUCGACACUCCAGAGCAGUAAAUACCUUUGUUUCAAAAUACCAAAGAAGGUACUACCACCACCACAACAUAGGACUUACGGCUUAUAACGGAGAGGACCGCUCUGACUAUCUGAAGUGGGAGGGAAACACCUACCAAAAAGCUUUCCGUUCCCAACACCAGAAAAUCCAGACAGGAGAGAAACCUUUCAAGUGUCCUGAUUGUGGGAAGUGCUUCAGGCAGGGAGAAAAUCUGAUGAGACACCAGAGACUGCACACUGGAGAGAAAUUGAAUGAAUGCUCUGAAGGUGGGCUCGCUUUCCGCCCAAGAGAGAAUUUACAGAGACUUGUUCGUGCAGGAAAGAGAUGCUAUGAAUGUCCCGAGUGUGGGAAAUGUUUCUCUAAUAGAGGGACACUGAUCAGGCAUGAGAGGAUCCAUACUGGGGAGCGACCGUUUGAAUGCCCUCAGUGUGGCCAGUUCUUCAGUCAGAGAGCCCAUUUGAUGAGGCAUGAGAGGAUCCACACAGGAGAGAAGCCACACAUGUGUCCCCAGUGUGGGAGGAGCUUUUCCCGGAGUGACAGUUUGGUAGACCACCAAAGGAAACAUCUCUGCGAGAAACCUUUCAAAUGUGCCAAGUGUGAGAAAAGCUUUAGCCAAAGAUGCACUCUUGUUAAGCAUCAGAGGACCCACAUAACCGAAGCUGUACUCUGAGAACUCAGUGUCGGGUUGAAAAAAGUUCCAGUAGCAAACUUUGUCAUAUUAGGAAUUGGU